AUGCCGGCGUCACUGGCGUCUUCAGACCCGCUCAGCACGCCGUCGCCGUCGCCCCCGCCUUCGAAAUCAACGACGAAUGCAAAUAACGAAUCCCAGCUUUCGAUCCACGCCGCUCUACCCGGGGCUGCCCCGUCCGACGUCAACGCGAACCAUAAACCCGUCGAGACGAACUCGAAAGCCUAUUCCGGCUCAGAGCUCUCAAAGUCAUCAUCCUCCCCACCAUCCAACAUCAACAUCAACACCAACGUCAACUCCAGCAUAACCGACCCCAACUCGAAGCAUAAUCAUUCUCGCCAUCCGUCGUCGCCCCCCACCGACGACGACCCGUCCACGCCCGCGGGGAAACAAGCCGCGGGCUACUCUGGCUCUGAGCUCUCCGACCUCACGGACGAAGAAGACGUCGCGCCGUCUUCUCGAAUCAAGUCUCCCCCGAAUCCAAAUCCAUCAUCAUCAUCCACAGCUAUGCCCAUGUCUGCGCCAGAGCACAUCCAUAAAGCCGGCGGCAGCACCGCGACGUCGGCCUCCGUCGUCAGUUCGUCGAACGACACGAUUCCGGUGGACAGAGAUAGGGACAGGGACAGGGACGCGACGAAACGAAAGGCUAAAAAGCGGAGGUCGCUCAUACCCGAGCCGCCUUGGGAUUGGGCGUAUAAGAAUAUGAAGACGAAGGACGGGAAUAAUAUUCCGAAUCCUUUCGAUCCGAAGAAUAGUGAGCCUCCGACGCAUAGGAGGUCGUCUUCCUCGGCUUCUUUAAAUAAGCCGAGUUCGUCCAGGAUCGCGGCUGGGACUAGGACGAAUAGUUAUGGCCAUGUUCAGAGGGCGAAGUCCACUUUUGACGAACAUGACGAAGAGGAGGAGGAGGAAGAGGAGGAGGAGGAGGUAGAAAGAGAAAGAGGGAAGCCGAAGCCUAUGGAGGAGGAAGAGGACGAAGACGGGGCUCAUCACCGUACGCCACACUUCGAUUUUGCCACUCAUGCCUCUCAGUCUCUAUUUUGCUACGUAUCUGACCAGACUUUAUGUUUCCUCUUCUCAGAAUCUGCUCAUUCGCUGGAACGCUCACUCUCCCCGUUCCAGCUCUCUUCUGGCUCAUCCUCCUCAACGACCGCCAAAGCAGACCCUCCAUACAACCCCAGCUCAGACCCCCCGUCCCCCAUCCCCCGUCGUCGAGGGAAGGCUCCAUCGCGUCGCGGUCUCAAGGCGACUCGUCUACCCUCCUCAAUCGCCUCCUCCUCAUCCUCCCGCUCCGCCUCUCCACCAGACCCCAAAGCGCAUAAAGACAAAGACAAGGACAAGGACGGAGACGGGGACGUCGAAAUGGGCGACGACGUGGAACCUAAAGCGGACGAGAUCGCGGAUGUAGAUGUGGCCAUGGCGGAGAGAGAUUCGCCCGUGCCACCCUCGCCACUCACACUCACGCCAUCGACGUCCAAACCGACAUCGAACCAUAACGCGCCCUCACCGCGUCCGCAUCCUGAAGUCCUACCAAUCUCCUCCUCUGGUUCUGGUGGUGGAAAUCUGUCUGGAGAACCUUCCACUUCCAUUCCCAUGACCUUUUCUACCAGCGAGCCAACAACUAAUCCUACCGCACCCAACGCAAAUCCGACCCUCGCUACCAUCUCCAACUCGAUCCCCACUACCCACCCCAACCCGAACCCGAACCCGAACCACGAUACCCCUCCCAACCUCGCCUCUCUCGCAGCAUCAACCCAGAAUCAGAACAAAGAAAUAUCCCCCUCAGCCCUCGAUCUCCUCAUCGACGCCGCCCCACUCGUCGUUUCCCCUCCCGUUCCGGCUCCCAUACCCAAUCUCAAUGUCGCAGCGCCUGCCGUCUCCGCCGCCGUGACUGUGACCGAGUCGAGUACCCGGGUAACUGCAGCGCCUGCCGUCUCUGCCGCGGUAACUGUGACCGCGUCGAGCACGCGAGAUGCGGAGAUGUUGUUGGGUAUUGCGGCUGGUGGGGGACGGACUGCUCCUGGUGCUCCUGGUGCAGGUGGAGAGAAAGACGCGGAGGGCAUGGAAGAGGGGGAGGUUGAUGAGGGCGAUGGUGACGACGGGGACGGAGACGAUGGAGACGGGAACGGCGAUGAAGAUGGGGACGGGGAUGGAGAUGGGAAAGACGAUGGGAACGACGACGAGAAAGACGACGAGGAGCCAGAGGACGAAGACGAAGAAGACGAAGAGCCCGACCCCGAAGGUGAAGAAGAAGUCGAUCCGGACGAAGAAGAGGACCCGGACGUCGAGGAAGAAGACGUAGACCCCGACAUCGAAGAGCCAGCCGUUUCCGCUUCCGCCACGGGGACGGUCACCCCGGGGAAAGUCAUGCCAAUGCCAAUGCCACAGGAUUCGACGGCGCCGUCACCGGCGCAGGUCGCGCCCAUUGCGGCCGUGGCGGCUGCGUCGUCGAUUAUGGCGGGCUCGGAGGUUAUUCCGGAAAUUGACCCGGAAGGUGAGGGUGCGGAUGAGCCUGAGGUUGAACCGGAGGCUGAGGGAGAGGGAGAAGGAGAUGUGGAGAUGGAGGCGCCGUCGGAGGUUGAGGCGGAAGUUGAGGAGACGGGAGCGAGAGGGAGGGCGAAGACGAAGCGGGGGAAGGGAAGAGGGGGACGAGGACGUGGUGGGCGGGGUCGCGGCGCUCGUUCUGCAGCCGCCGCCAAGACGACGACCACGCGUCGUAUGGGUCUCGGAACGGGGUACGAAGACGCAGAGGAGGAAAGGGAGAAAGAAGGGGAGGACGAGAUGGAUGUGGAUGAGGCGGGGGCGGAGGGCGAGGAGCCUGUAGAAGCAGAAGCAGAAGUUGAGGAGGAAGCAGAAGCAGAGGCGGAGGCGGAGAUGGAGAGGGAUACGGAGCUGCAGCCGCAUCAUCGGGCGGAGGCGUUGGAUGUGUUGGCGCAGAUCGAGCUCAAGUUUGCGUUGUUGAGGGAGAAGGUGUAUGUGGAGAAGAUGGAGGCGUUGGCUUGGGAGGAGGCGAUGGUCGAGGCUGACAAUCACCCGGAACUGCAGCAUCUUCGAGACGAGCUGGUGAAAAGGCGGAAUACGAGGCUCGAGCUCGCGGCGAGAAGGAAGGAGUUGGAGAUCAAAAACACGCUUAAGAGGCGGAGGGCGAAUGAGGAUGCGGUUUGGAGUUGGUGGCAUAAUGCGAAGGGCGAGCUGCAAACGGAGAUGAUUGCAGAAACGAACAGGAAGAGGAGAAAGUUAGAGAGAGAACGAAGAGCAGCAGAGACUCCACCAUCCAUGCACCGCAUGCCAGAACGUCCGCUACAGGUUCCUAUCGCCCCCUCUUUCUACGAGAUCGUCCAAGCCCAAUCCAACUCGACCCAUGCACACCACCUCACCCCCGACGGCCUCCAUCCCCACUCCCGCAUCCCUCCCCCACCACUCGUCUUCCCGUCUCUUUCCUCCCUCCCUCCAGACCUCAUCACCCACGACCUACAAACAAUAUACUACGCCAACCAACGAGCCUACGAGCUGCACAGACCACUGCCCAUGAACCCCGGCCCACCCAGUGGUGGCGGAAGUCUCUCAGCAGGCCUAUACGGACCUAUACCCGCCAACCCACAUGAAGUGAUGCCAAUAGGCUACGUCGGCGGGCCACCAUCCGGUCCUGGACCUAUGAUGGACGGCUUUGGCGGUGGUCCGACGAGGUCUAUAGGGCCUAGGGAGCGGGACAGGGACAGGGACAGAGACAGGGAGGCGUUGAGUAUGGGGAUGGGGCUUGGAGUUGGCGCGUCGGGCGGCGGCGGCGGUCCGUCGUCGUCGUCGUCUUUGAAUGGAAGGAGAGGACAGCCUGGAGGUCCGCCUCCGCCUCCUAUGGGACCUGGAUCGCAUAUGCUCGAUGGGCCGGGAGGGGGGCCUCCGCCUCCGAUGGGAGGACUGCCGCCUUUGGGAGGGGGUCCGUCGACGAAUGGACAUGGACAUGGGUAUGUGGUGGGGCCUGGGGGACCGGGGAUGAUGGGGAGUAGGUCGAUAUCGCCGGUGCAUGUUAUGGGUGGAGGGCCAGGUGGAGGAGGGCCGAAGAUGAAUGGGUGGGGUGCAGGGGCGUCCGCUGUGGCGAGGGAGAGGGAGAGGGAGAUGGAGAGCAGGAGACGAGAUGAUGAGUUUUAUAGAUUAGAGCGAGAGAGGGAGAGGGAGAGGCAUGAGCAGCGUGAACGCGAGAGGGAAAGAGAACGGGACAGGAUAGAUAGGAUAGAGCGGGAGAGGCUUGAGCGGGAGAGGGUGAUGGAUAUGCAGUUCAGGAUGGGUCCUGGGUCCCAGGGAUCGCCGGCCGCAGCGGCAGCGGGUGCUGCAGCGGGACACCACCACCACCAUCAUCACCAUCACCACCACAUCGUUCAUCGACAUCAUCAGCAGUCUUCAACACCCAAUGGGCUUGGGGUCGGGGGUCCGGCUUCAAGACCGAUGUCUCCUCUUUCUCAAGCUCAAGCACAAGCUCAGUCACUAUCCCAGUCUCAACACUCUUCGCAGCCUCAGUCGGCACAACUCAGUCCUCGCAUCCCACAUCCUCCUCAUUCCGUACACGAAGCUCCCGAGCAACCCCGACCUCACUCCGGGUCCUCUACCACCGAAAUUAUCAAUAUUAAUCCAAACACUCGACAACAGCUCUGGCGUCCCGAGGAUGGCAAGAGACUCGCGAAAGAGUCUGCCGCAGCCCCCCCCUCUGGACCUGGAGGCAGUAACAUUCUUGGGCCACAUGAGAGGCUCAUGACGCCUUUCGUGAUGACUCCGGCUCAAGCUCACCAGCAUCAAGUUGACCAACAGGCGCAGAAUCGAUCGGCUACUCAGUCAAGGAGGAGCUCUUUCAACGGUAACGGCGGUCCUGUCAUCGUGAGCGAGGUGCAGUCUUAUAGUACUUCACCGCCGGAACCUCCGCGAAGGUCCAGCCUUGGAGGGCCUGGUUCAAACGCGACGCCCAUGCCCGCUCCGGCCCCCGUUUCGAGACAACCUUCCCCAGCUUCAUCUCGGAAUACUCGACUUCCUCCACCUCCGAGCCCUUCGACGAGCUCGACUGAACGUCCUAGGACUGCUGGUGCUACCACACCGCUCACACCGUUCGGUCCACCUCCACCUCCCCACAUGGUCAACAAAGGUCUUGGAUCGAGCUCAUCCAUCAGUCCUACGUCGAAAAUGGCGGUCAGUACGAUAUCACCCGCCUUGCCCAAGAUACACGGUCCUUCACCUCCGCCAACCAAGAUGAUGAUCUUGGACGGAAUGCCGAACGCCACCGCCACAUCUGGACCUGCCGUCUCCAGCACCUCAUCCAGCAUGUCCCCCACAAUACUUCCCCCACCGUCAACGACUGCCACAGUGAUGACUGGUCCUGGUGUGGCGCCCGCACCGGUCACAUUACCACCGUUGAACGUUAACGUGCAAAACGCACACGUCGGAUCACCCCUUUCUGCUCCUACCCCUUCGACGCGUCCGCAGGGUUCAGCACCAGGAGUUUCGCCUGGUGGCGUGCAAUCGGGAUCUGAACCCGGACAGGCACCAUUUUUGCCUGCGCCAACACCGUUGUCGAUGAUGGUACCCAGAGCGGGUUCCAUCCAGACCGAUGUCCCGGGCUCGGCAGGAAGUAAUGGUGCUAAUGGUUUGAUUAAAUCGGGGACGCCUACGCCUGUACCUGCGCCAGUUUCGGCUGCAGGAGUGAAGGUUGGGGACGCGUGAGUUAUGAUAUGUAAGGCACGAACUUGAAUUCCUCUCCUCAGGAUCUUCCCGUUUCUUUAUGUUUUGAGAACUGUCUGUCGCAUUAUCUGUUCUGUUUCCGCUUUUCCUCGAGUUUCUCUCAGUUCUAGUUUUCAACUGGUCAUAUUUCUUGACUUUUUCCCCCUUUUAUCGUCUCCGUCGUGUUUUUCUCCCCCUUCUACACAGUUCUAUUUCUAUCUCAUAUGUUCUUGUCUGUGCUUAUGCUUGUAGCUGUACAAUCCGAUAUGGGCUGGAUAACGAUGAGCGCCCUCGGGGCAGCCGUGUCUGUUGGAUCAUGAAUGCCACCCCUCAACUUUAC